AACUUGUUUGUUCGAACUGAUCAGAUGGUUUUACUUGAAUUAAUUUAUGCAAAAAGUAGAAGCACAAUUAGGGCGUUUGUACGUUUGACGACGACUACAUUAUCCACGAAUAAAGUUGUUGGUUUGUGGCUACUUGGUUGUACUGGAGUGGUCUAUGGUACAAUAGCUGUUGGAGGUUUAACGAGGCUUACAGAAAGCGGUCUCUCUAUGGUGAAAUGGGAUUUGAUCAAAACUAUGAAGCCACCUUUCAAUCAAAAUGAAUGGGAAAUCGACAAGUCGACCACUCAAAAAGAAAUAACAUUGGAGCAAUUUAAAUUCAUUUGGACCAUGGAAUAUGUCCACAGAAUGUGGGGAAGAGCUGUUGGGUUAAUCUUUAUUGUUCCUUGUACUUAUUUUUGGCUUCGAGGAUAUUUUUCUAAUGGAAUAAAGCGGAGAAUGUUAUUUGCCGGGUCGUUAAUUCUCGCGCAGGGUGUUAUUGGUUGGUGGAUGGUUAAAUCAGGUCUUAAACAAACUACGGCUGUAAAGGAUGAUUCUUUUGUGCCAAGAGUAUCUCAAUAUAGACUUGUGGUCCAUUUAAGCCUUGCUUUCAUACUUUAUGGCGUUCUUCUCUGGAAUGGUCUUUCUUGUUUAUUUACUCCAUUCGAUGUGCAUGGAAGUAAAUUGGCUAUAUUCUCAACAAUUCUGCUUGGAGCAUUUGUUGCUGGUUUAGAUGCAGGAUUAGUCUAUAAUUCUUGGCCAAAAUACUCUGGAAAAUGGAUCCCACAUGAACUUAUGUCUAGAGAUAUAUUUGGUAUUGAUAAAUUCUUUUCGAACCCGGUCUCUGUACAAUUUCUUCAUCGAAAUCUGGCCUAUUUGACGCUAAUCGUAGUUUCACUUACUUGGUUUAAGGGACGCAAUAUGAAGUUGUCAAAUCGUGCUAAAUUUGCAUUGCACACUCUUUUGGCUGCAUGUUUCACGCAAGCUGCGCUUGGAAUUGGAACUCUAAUCUAUGAGGUGCCAAUUUCAAUUGCGUCAAUUCAUCAGAACGGUGCCCUGGUUCUUUAUAGUGUUAUAAUUUGGUUAUCAAACGAGAUUAGAAGAAUACCGAAAUAA